GUCCACUGGCUCGCGGCGCUCGGCGAUGACGUCACUGUGGCGGAAGUGAAGGAGAGUUCCAGAAAGAGCGGCGGUGCACGAGACACACAAACACACAGGAAUAUAACAAUAAGAACUCUUAUAAUAAUAAUAAUAGUAAUAACAGCGACUGUACGGGGCUUUAUAACGGAGCAGACGCGUAAGUGACCGUCAUGACGACCAUCGAUUACAGUGUGUGGGAUCAUAUCGAGGUGUCCGAUGAUGAAGAUGAUACUCACCCAAACAUCGACACACCGAGUCUGUUCCGCUGGAGACACCAGGCUCGUGUGGAGCGGAUGGAGGUCUUCAUGAAGAAGGGCGAGGAGCUGGAGAAGAGCCUGAUGGAGAGCCGGAGGAAGCUGGCGGAGGCGCAGCGGCGGGUGCAGGAGCUCGUCUCGGCGUCCACUCCGGAGGCUAAAGCCGAUCUGGCCAAAGUGCAGGAGGAGGAGAAGCAGCUGAAGAAGCAGGAGAGGUCGUGGGAGAAGAAGUUGCAGGAGCAUCGCAUCGAGGAGAAGAAGAUGCCCUGGAACGUGGACACGCUCAGCAAGGAGGGCUUCAGUAAGAGCGUCGUCAACGUCAAGCCGGAGAAGGAGGAGGAGACGGAGGAGGAGAAGGAGGAGAAACACAAAACCUUCGUGGAGAAAUACGAGAAGCAGAUCAAACACUUCGGUGAGCUGCUCUUCACAGGUUCUGACAUAAACACCUCUGAUCACACGCCCUGCAAACACAUUUGUGAAACACACCUUGAUCACUCUGUACUCACACACUUACACACACACACACACACACACACACACACACUCGCUCUCAUGGAGCAGGUGGCCCAUCAGACCAUCGUCAUGCAGUUUAUCCUGGAGCUCUCCAAGAGUCUGAAGGUGGAUCCUCGCGGCUGCUUCCGCCAGUUCUUCACCAAAAUCAAGACCGCAGACCAGCAGUAUCAGGACGCCUUCAACGACGAGCUGGAGUCCUUUAAGGAGCGAGUGCGCGGACGAGCCAAGAUCCGCAUCGAGAAAGCCUUGAAGGAGUACGAGGAGGAGGAGCGGCAGAAGCGCAUGGGUCCCGGCGGCCUGGAUCCGGUGGAGGUGUACGAGUCGCUGCCUGCGGAGAUGCAGAAGUGCUUCGACGAUAAAGACAUUCAGAUGCUGCAGGACGCCAUCAGCAGGAUGGACCCGACGGAGGCCAAACACCACAUGAAGCGCUGCAUCGAGUCGGGACUGUGGGUCCCGAACGCACGAGCGGACGAAGAGGGAGAGAAAGAUAAAGAGGAAGGCGAUGAGCCGCAGUAUGAGGAAGUGAAGAAAGAAGAGCAGUGACCCCAGACCCCGCCGGACCCCAGAGCCAUCUGAUGAGAUCAGUGCUGAAGCAGAUCCUGAGCACGUCUCUCUCUUCUCUCAUCAUCACCGUUUGUUAUUCAUGCAGUCUUCUGUAGACGCUCUCCCAGCGCUUACGCUCCUCUAAAGCCAGAUUGUGUGUUUUGGGUUUGAUUAGCCGUUACUCACAGGUGAAUGAAGAUCUGCAGUAUUAUAGAUAGAGGAGACAGUCCAGAUGAAUACUAAUAAUGAACUGAUUUAUUUGUUGGAUGCUGGUCUCUUUUUGUUCAUAUGAUUCACACUGCUCUGUUAGUGCUGUAUGUUCAGUUUGUAUCAGAAUAAAGCUGUGGGCUGAUGGGAAA